UUUUGACAAACGUCGUCACAUUUUUGACCCAACAUUUGAAAGUCUUAUCUUUUAUUGAAAAAGCGCCAUGGUAGAAAGUUGUGUGCAGCUAUCCCUACCUCAAAUGGUAGAUUUGGCAUUGGGAUCGCCUGAGCUUGGAGCCGUUAAUUUCAACAUUUUGCACUCGCUCCUUCACGUUUUAAUUCAGCAAGUAGACCUGCUCGGUUGUAAGGUGGAAUUUAAAGGAGAUACCAGUGAAAGGGUGCAAACGUUAAUACAAGCUGCUCCGCAAGCUCCCGCUGUAAGUCUCACCGAGUAUAUCGUAACACCGGAAAACGAGCAGCACAAAGUUAUUUAUAAAAAAGCGCGAUAUAAGAAAGUGGAAACGAAAGGUAGCAAGGAGGAAGGCCUAUUUGAGCAAGAAUUACAAGUUGUUGGGCAGAGUAGGGAACUGAAACAACAAACGGAAUCGAAACAACAAACACAGCCGAAACAGCAAACGGAACCAAAACAACAAACGGAAUCCAAACAACAAACAGAAUCGAAACAACAAACGGAACAGAAACAACAAACCAAGCCGAAACAACAAACGGAACCGAAACCACAAACGGAACCGAAACAACAAACGGAACCGAAACAACAAACGGAACCGAAACAACAAACGGAUUCAAAACAACAAACGGAACCGAAGCAACAAACGGAACCGAAACAACAAACGGAACCUAAACAACAAACGGAACCGCAACAACAAACGGAACCUAAACAACAAACGGAACCGAAACAACAAACGGAACCGAAACAACAAACGGAACCGAAACAACAAACGGAACCGAAACAACAAACGGAACCGAAACAACAAACGGAGCCGAAGCAACAAGCAGACCAAAUUUCUUGGGCAGAAUCCGUGCAGACAGUGGUUGUUGUAGAAACUAGUAGCGCUAUUUCAACGCCACACACUGCAGUAGCUAUAUCUAAAGCUACCCUAACUAAUUUGGAAAAGGAAUUAAACAAUCUAAGACAAGAAGUGGAAGAACUCAAAGGAUUGCCUUCUAGUUUGGGUAUACUCGACGCUAUACGGUCUAAAGAGGCAGAUUCUACGCCGUUAGUAGACAUGUUUCAAUUUCUGACCAUCACGAAACGUAUCGAUGCUUUAGAAGGGGGUCUACAUAAACUGGCUGCUAUAGUUGAAGAUCUGGCGCGAGAGCGCGCAACAGGUAAUUUGUUCCCCGAAGAUGUAGAAGGGUCUCUGGCUUCAGGGAUUCCAGGUGGUAAUAUACACGAAUGGAUCCGAUCAGUCGAAACACGAUUAAAAGUACUCGAAGAGGUGACAGGAGUAGUGGAUGGUUCAGCAAGAAAAGGCGAAGAAGGUGAAAAACGAGUGAACGACCUCGAGAGCAAGAUCAAAGAGUAUGCAGAUUACAUCAACAGCAUGGAUAGUUCAUUUAACAGUCAAAUAGAUGCCCUUCAACAACACUUGAUCGACCUCGAAAAAGAAAUAGGAGAAAUUGUGGAAAGAAUCAACGCCCAAUUGCCCGCCGGUGACAAUGACGAAGGCAACAUGGGAAUUCACGACCUGUAUAAAAAAAUGGUAGCAAUGCAGGCGGAAAUGGAAAAUCUUUCUGGAACGGCGGCAGCAUUGCUAAAUGAAAAGGAUAACAGGCAAACGCAUCUGGAUGCGCUUCUCGAGCAAAUCGAGAUGCUAAAGACUGUUAAAGCGAAUCGCGAAGACCUAGAGGAUGCAUUGGCGAACAAAGCGGAUGCGUGCGCUGUAAACAAAAAGGUAUCGCACGACCAGUUUGACGCCGCUUGCGAUGACAUGACACGUAAUAUUGAGCAAGCACUUGCGAAACUUACGGAACAGGAAACGCUGUGGUCCCAAGCCCUGGAUGAUAUCCAAGCCGAAAUUGAACAUAAAUUAGAUAAAAUGGAGCUAGAACCUCUGCGAGAUUUUGUACAUAACAAAUUGAAAAUGUUGCAAGAUCGACUUAAAGCGUUGGCCGCCCUGAAGCAAGAUACCGAAGCUGCCGGAACUAAGAGCAAAUUCUUAAGGAACGUAAAUUGCAUAUCGUGCGAUAAGGACGUGGUGAUGCGAAGAGAAAUGGAUCCCACUCAGCUACCUCCACCUGCCUCAUUGCCACCAACGAAGAGCAUUGGGCCGUACUUGGCCUACGAGCUGGAUCAACUGCGAAAAGAGCAAAAGUGCGCACCGCUUGGCAGGAACAUGAAUCAUUUUGAAAACGCGUUAAAUCCAGCAAAGGGGGACAGACACCACAUCUGUAAUCGAUAUUGCGGAGGAAGUCACACGCUCACCACACCCCAGCAAAGAGUAGCUCGAGUGGGGCACUUCCUACAACAGUGGGGGCCCGAAUCGACAAUCGCCCAAGAGGGAGAGAUCCGUGGAAUGGAUGGACAUAUGUACAAGGCGAGGAACGUUCUAGAUAUGGAGCAGGCAGUAAAAGAUUCUACCGUAAAUACAAAGCCUUCCAUGUUGAUAAGCAAUAUCAUUUCUAGUAGAGCAGUUGUCGCUAAGAAGACGGAAUCUUUAAUUGAAAACGCAGUACCUGCAUUAAAAACCAAAUAACAGUAAUGCAU